UUGAAGCGCGCAGCAGCUCCUCCGAACAGCCUGGAAGCUCCAACACUACACCAUGGCACCUAAGAAAGUCUGUCUUAUCGGCUCUGGUAACUGGGGUUCUGCCAUUGCCAAGAUCGUGGGCACCAACACCACUAAGUAUGCCACAUUCGAGGACACAGUGAACAUGUGGGUGUUUGAAGAAACGGUGAACGGACGCAAACUCACAGAAAUUAUCAACACUGAGCAUGAGAAUGUCAAAUACCUGCCAGGACACAAGCUUCCCCCUAAUGUGGUGGCUAUUCCUGAUCUAGUAGAAGCUGUGAAAGGGGCGGACAUUCUUAUCUUUGUAAUCCCACACCAGUUUGUCAAGAAAACAUGUGACACAAUCAAAGGUCAUAUCAAGUCGGAUGCAGUGGGAAUGUCCCUGAUCAAGGGUGUUGAUGAGGGUCCAGAAGGUUUAAAACUAAUUUCUGAUGUCAUCAAGGAGAAGCUGGGUAUCACCAUGACCGUGCUAAUGGGAGCCAACCUGGCCAAUGAGGUGGCUGAUGGCAAAUUCUGUGAGACCACUAUUGGGUGUAAAAGCAAAGAACAUGGUUCACUGCUAAAGCAACUCAUGCAGACACCAAACUUCCGGGUUACUGUCGUGGAAGAGUCAGAUGUUGUGGAGAUUUGUGGAGCUUUGAAGAACAUUGUGGCAGUUGGUGCAGGCUUCUGUGAUGGUCUUGGCUUUGGUGAUAACACCAAGGCGGCAGUAAUCCGUUUGGGUCUAAUGGAGAUGAUUGCAUUUGCAAGAAUCUUCUGCACAGCCAGUACGGUCUCCCCCGCCACCUUCCUGGAGAGCUGUGGUGUCGCUGACCUCAUCACCACCUGCUACGGGGGACGCAACCGUAAAGUCGGUGAGGCUUUUGCCAAAACCGGCAAGUCAAUUGAAGAGCUGGAGAAGGAAAUGCUGAAUGGCCAGAAGCUUCAGGGUCCAGCCACUGCAGCUGAAGUCAACCACAUUCUUAAGCACAAAAACAUGGUGGACAAAUUUCCUCUGUUCAAUGCAGUGUAUCAGAUCUGCUUCCAGGGCCAUCCAGUGAAAGAGUUCAUCAGCUGCUUGCAGAAUCACCCAGAACACAUGUAACUCAUUGACCAACCUGAAGUGCGACGGGAUUAGUCUAGCGAAACAGAUACUACUAAUCUAGAGAGAGGGAGAUGGUGCUGUCUUCACUGUGCCUAUAUUUCUUACUGAUGGAAAAAGAAUCUGAUCUAGGGCUAAUCUGAGGAUGUCCUUGCCAAGCUUCGUUUCAAAAUGCCACACCUCGAAAAAGCCUUAAGUCAUCAUUCUACAACAUUGAGAUCACACUGCUUGUGUUGUUAAGGAUGUCUGAUUUUAACCUUAAGCUAAGUUUUUUUUUUUUGUUGUAAACGUCAGAUGUAUGUCCUAACUGUCUUCAUGUACAGUAACUGCUCUUGAGUGAGUACAGUAGGCUGGACUGUAACAAUUGUGUGUGUGUGUGCUAACAAAAUCUUAGAAAAUUUAAAUUAAAAGUGCCUUAACUGGGUUUUACCUGAAUAUUCAUACUGUUUAGACUUUUGUUUUUUGUUAAAAAGAAAACUCCCAAAUACUUGUACACUCUAAUACAAUAAGUACAUCCUGUCUUUACAAUCCAGCCUGCCUCCAAACAAGACAUACUGUCAUUUUAAAAUAAAUUAUUUGAACUGAAUCCUUAACAGUAUGUUUGUGCGAACUUUGUAGUAACAAAUGAACAUAAAUGAA